AGUGUUUUUACGUGCCACCAACACGAAGGCCAGUCAGGCGGUACUGGCAACGGCCACGCUCAAAAUGGUGUAUUUUACGUGCCACCUGCACAGGAACCAGUCCAGCGGCACUGGCAACGAUUUCGCUCGAACGUCUUUACACGUGCCAGGCAGGCGACGCUGGGCAUAGGUGCCAUCACGAUUUCGCUUUCGCUUGCCCCAACAGGUCUUAUAUAUUUCAAUAAUAAUAAAAGGGUAAAAUUAAUUAAAUAAUUAAUAAUUCUACCAAGUAGUUUGGUAUGUUAAAAUAACCUUUAUAGGUAAAAUUAUACAAAUAUUCUAUAAUUAUAAACAUAAUUAUCAUCAGGAGUCAGCUAAAUAGCGAAAGUAAAGAAUACGUACACCCGGUGGUCAGGGUUUUUUGUUAUGCCGAAAACGGGUGGUGUACGUAUUCUUUACCUCCGCCAAUAUAAAGAAAAUAACAAGAAGAAGAAUGUUAGACUCCAGCUAAGAAGAUCUGAAGAAGGAAUUGUAAUUCCGAAAUAUCAUCGGACUAUAGAUAACCAAAUUUCAACAGUUGUGCUGAAUGUUCCAUUACAACCUGUCAUACGAAAAUACUAACUUCACCAGAACAUCUGCUACCAAUCAUUUAUGGACAUUUGCUCUCUCUCUCUCUCUCUCUCUCUCUCUCUUCCUCUUGCAGUUUACAGCCUUCACAACUCCCAUUAACUCUAUCCACAAUAAUUAACAUAGGGUGCUACUUUGGUAUGCGAUUUGCCAAAUAAUUGGCUGUGUAGAUCACAUACCAAAGUGGUACCUAACAUAGAUAUAAAAGUCGUUCUGUCUACAGUAUGGGUACCACUUGGAAAUGUCUCAACCAGCAACAAAUACUCUAAGUGUUGUGUAGAAAAUAUAUCUGCAUUGCAUAUUUCCUACAUGUGUAAACAGAGUUCCAUGAGAUGGAUAUCAUAAGACAGGAAAUUGAACCAUAAUAGACUAUAUCCACAGACAUCAGUUUUAAUAUGGAGAACGGUAAUCUGUCAGACAUUUCUAACAAAACUGUUUCUGACAAUAUAGAUUCAGUUAAACAGACAUCCGGUAGUGAGAAACCACUGUCUCAUAAACGAAGUUCAUUACAGAAAAAUAUUCAUUGUGAAAUUUGUGGGAAAUUAUAUACUUACAAGUCUCAACUUAUUGUCCAUAAACGUAGUCACACUGGAGAAAAGCCAUCUCACUGUGACACCUGUGGAAAAUCGUUUGUGAAUAAUAGUUCACUGACGAAUCACAAAAAAAUUCACAAUGGAGAAAAGCAAUACCACUUUGAAAUAUAUGGGAACUCAGUUGUCAACAAUGGUUAUUUAAGAAUCCAUAAAAGAAAACACUUUGACAAAAAACUGUUUCACUGUGAAAUAUGUAGAAAAUCUUUCAUGAACAUUGCUAAACUUGUUACUCAUAGACGUCUUCACAGUGGAGAAGAAACGUACUGCUGUGACAUAUGUGGAAAAUCAUUCAUUAGCAAUUCUCGUUUUGUAGGUCACCAACGAAAACACACGGGAGAAAACCCCUUUCACUGCAAAAUCUGUGGUAAAUAUUUCAUUAAUAAUUCCCAUCUUGUUGCUCACAAAACAGUACACACUGGAGAAAAACCAUUCCACUGUGAAAUAUGUGGGAAAUAUUUCUCCUGUAGGAGUAAUUUAAGAAGGCACAAUAUAAUACACACUGGGAAAAAAGAAUUCAAAUGUGAGAUAUGUGGGAAUUCUUUUUUUUAUAAAUCACUUCUUGUUGGUCAUGAAAAAGUGCAUACUGGAGACAAACCCUCUCAUUGUGAUAUAUGUGGGAAAUAUUUCUAUUCUAGCAGUAAUUUAAGAAGACACAAAAUAAUACACACUGAGAAAAAAGAAUUCCACUGUGAAAUAUGUGGGAAAUCUUAUUUUAAUAAUUGUGACUUAAAAAGACAUAAAAGAAUUCAUAAUGGUGAAAAAACAUUUCACUGUGAAAUUUGUGGGAAAUCCUUCUUCGAUAAUUCUAACCUUAUUGUUCACAUCCGUAGUCACACUGGAGAAAGGCCCUAUCAUUGUGACGUAUGUGAUAAAUCAUUUAUCUGUAAAAGUCAUUUGAAUUGUCACAAACGAACACACACCACAAAGACAAUAUCAUUGUGACAUAUGUGAUAAAUCAUUUAUCUGUAAAAGUCAUUUGAAUUGUCACAAACGAACACACACCACAAAGACAAUGUCAUUGAGAUGAUUUGUUGGAAUGCUUUUCUCUACAAAUAAAGGUAAAAACAGAAUAAAUUGCUGUAAAAUCUUAUCAAGUAAUUUCUAAUAAAAUAUUCACAUUUCAGAAAACUGAAAUUUUAUUUCAUAAACAACUUAGAAAAAUUUAAAUUAUAAUCACAUUGUAUAUUUCGGAGUGUCCAAGAACAAACGAUCCUCAAGAGUGAACCGCAACACAAUGUUGUUUAUUAAAAUUGUCUUAAUACAGGGCUUAGACCAGUGGUUCUCAAUCAGGAUUCAUCUGGCCCCUGGGGGGGUCCAUAUGACCCUUAUAGGUCCAUAUAAGAUUUUGUUUGUUAAAAAUUGUGUGCAAUAAAUCAGU